GGGGAAAAUGGAGGGAAGUGCCGCAGCCCGGAGUGCGGGGAGGGAGAGCGGCAGCGGGGAAGGGGCCAGGCACAGGAAGCGGGCAGGGGAGGGGAGAGGCCGCCACGUUAAUGAGCAUAUCUGCCCCCAUGCGCUCCCUUUCUUACUAAACUGCCAACCCGGCGACUCUUUUCUUCGCAGGAUUAGAGGGAAAUGUUCGGUUUCGGGGAGCGUUAAAGGCCAUUUGUGUGCGUGAUCGCCCGGAGCCGGCGGCAGAGCCGGGGUUGGAGGGAGCCGGCCCCGACCAUUGGGGGCUUUUAGUUCUUUUUGUUAUUCAAACAGGGCUUGGGUGAUGGCUGCCAUCCCAGCCAUCGCGCAGAGUGCUUCCCUCGAGCCUUUUGAUAUGCAUGCCCCUGUCUGGAGGCAAAGUCCGCCCGUCUCCCCUGCAAUCUCUCCACCUACUGGGGAAACCGAACUGAUAAGGGCCCUUCUUCUGUUUUCUUAAGAAGGAAAGCUGAAAACUGCCCGCCCCGGCCCGGAGCUGCCCCGGCCCCGAUCUGGGGCCCUCCAGGUGGGCUCUGCCCGGAGCUCGGCCGGGCACAAGCGGGCACCCCCGGCCGCCGGCUCCCUAAGCAGUUAAUGCCAUGGCACGGGCUUCAAGCAGCUUGGCAAACCGUAAAGAAGCUGGUAUUGCAAAACUAGGGCGGGAUCUGGAGGCAGCGGGUUCAUUGUCUCCAUGGGGUAUGGCUGCAGGGAACGUCCCGGUCACCGAGGCAGUGUCAUGGGCUGCCGGAGCGCCAGCUUCUCGGGGAGCCUCGAACAUCAGAGCUGGAAUCCUGGAGCAGUUGGUUCUCCGUGGGUCCUAUGGGCUGCGUCGCCGUAGUGUCUGUCCGUUCGCUCGCAGCGUGUUCAGCAGAGCAAGCGCAAGCUGCGGUGCUGCUUUUCUCCUCCCCCCCGCGAGAGAGAAGCAUGCGAGGGGAGUGCUCUGUUUCUUAUUAUUUUCGUAAUGCCCUAUCUGCACAUGUUGGUGCGCUUCUGCGAGGGGAGGCAGCCAUGAAAAAGGAGAAGAGCCACGGCCGGGAUGAGGCAGACUGCAGGGCAGAGCUGAUCCUCUUCAACGGAGACUGCGGCGAUCCCACUAAGGACACAGCCGCCCUGGUGCUGGAGGCCAGCGGGAAGCCUGGUGCCCCGGACGCCGGGAGCCUGGGGCUGGCACCCCUGAAGAACAAGAGGGUGAGCAAAGACCUGUCCAAGGAGGAGCUGUCCUGGCCACUCGCUCUCACGGAGCCGCAGGAGGUGCGGCCCCGGGGCAGUGCUGGCUGGGAGAGCAGCCUCCGGCAGAAGCCCCCCGUCCGCCUCAUCUUCCAGGCGGGGCAGACCCACCACGAGAUGCAGAUCAAGGAAACCAGCGGCGUGGAGGCUCUCAGGGACCUGCCGGCUCCGCUGCGGAGCUCCCGGAGGCGGGCGGCCGUGCCUGUGCUCACCACCAUUGACCUGACGGAGGAGGACUCGCGGGACUCAUCGCAGAGCAGCAGCACGCUGUCAGGGAGCAGCUCCCAGGAGGGCCAGAACGGUUCCGCUGAGCUGGUGGCCGAGGAGCCGGAGAGCCGGGACGCGGGGAUUGCGCUGGAGUACCAGGAUGGGAAGGAAUUUGGAAUCGGGGAGCUCGUCUGGGGGAAGAUCAAGGGUUUCUCGUGGUGGCCGGCGAUUGUCGUUUCCUACAGGGCCACGUCCAAGCGCCAGGCGGUGUCGGGCAUGCGAUGGGUGCAGUGGUUUGGGGACGGGAAGUUCUCCGAGGUUUCUGCAGACAAGCUGGUGGGACUGAUGGCCUUCAGGCAGCAUUUCAAUACUGCCACGUUCAAUAAGCUGGUCUCUUACCGCCGAGCCAUAUACCAUGCCCUGGAGGUCGCCCGGAGCCGCUCGGGGAAGACAUUCACAACCGCCCCCGGGGAGUCCCUGGAGGAGCAGCUGAAGCCCAUGAUUGAUUGGGCACUCACUGGCUUCAAACCACUGGGUGUCAAGGGGCUGCAGCCGCCCAAAAGCUCAGAGAACGGGGCCCUAAGGAAUGGCACGGAGGAGGUGCUGUGCCUCGAGCAUUGUCCCCCCACCAAGAGGCUGAAGAGCAACCCCUGCAACAGCAGCAAGGAGCAGCGCGUGGAGGAGGACCAGACCCGAGAACAAAUGGUUUCCGAAGUUACGAACAACAGCGGGAGUCUGGAAGACAGCUGCUUGUCAUGUGGGAGGAGGAACCCGGCCACUUUCCACCCGCUGUUCGAGGGGGGCCUGUGCCACACCUGCAGGGAUAGAUUCCUGGAGCUCUUCUACAUGUAUGAUGAAGAUGGCUACCAGUCCUACUGCACUGUGUGCUGCGAGGGCAAGGAGCUGCUGCUCUGCAGCAAUGCCAGCUGCUGCAGGUGCUUCUGUGUGGAGUGCCUGGAGGUCCUGGUGGGACGAGGCUCGUCGGCCAAGGCGAAAGAGCAGGAGCCCUGGAACUGCUACAUGUGCCAGCCCCAGAGGAGCUACGGGGUUCUGCAGCGCCGGCAGGACUGGAGCUCACGCCUGCAGGACUUCUUCACCAGCGACAAGGGGCAGGAAUACGAUGCACCCAAAAUCUACCCAGCGGUGCCACCAGCCAAGAGGAGACCCAUCAGAGUGCUCUCUCUGUUUGAUGGCAUAGCAACAGGGUACCUGGUGCUGAAAGACCUGGGCAUCCAAGUGGAGAAGUACAUCGCCUCCGAGAUCUGCGAGGACCCCCUGGCGGUGGGCACCGUGCGGCACGAGGGCAACAUCACCUACGUGCACGACGUCAGGAACAUCACCAAGAGAAAUAUCGAGGAGUGGGGUCCCUUUGACCUGGUGAUCGGCGGCAGCCCCUGUAACGACCUCUCGCUUGCCAGCCCGCCCAGGAAGGCUCCGUACGGUGAGGCUGCUUGGCCCCACGGGGCUGGGAGCCCCCAGGCUGCUUGUGGCCGGCGACGCAGUUCUGCGGUGGCUCCACCCGGGGACGCGUGCCAAGCGCUGUCUCCCCCAGGCCCACCAGAGCCCGUGCCCACGCCGCAGCCAAACCUGCGGGGCCGUGGGCGGUCCCCUCCUAGCACCCCUGCUGGGUCCCCCCGCACGGAGGGCACCGGGCGGCUCUUCUUCGAGUUCUACCAUCUGCUCAACUACGCCCGUCCCAAGGCUGGAGAGGAGCGGCCCUUCUUCUGGAUGUUUGAGAACGUGGUGGCCAUGAGGGUCAAUGACAAGAGGGACAUUUCUCGGUUCCUGGAGUGUAACCCCGUUAUGAUCGAUGCCAUCAAGAUAUCGGCUGCACACAGAGCACGCUACUUCUGGGGCAACCUCCCAGGGAUGAACAGGAUCUUUGGCUUCCCCCUGCACUGCACUGACGUCUCCAACAUCAGCCGCGGGGCUCGCCAGAAGCUGCUCGGGAGGUCCUGGAGCAUCCCCGUCAUCCAGCACCUCUUCUCCCCGCUCAAGGAUUACUUUGCCUGCGAGUAGCCCACGCUGCAUCCCUCGUCUCUCCGUCCCGACGCAGCUCGGCUGCCCGGGGAGGGCUCAGCCGCGUGCCCGCCGUUCCCAGCACCAUGCCCCCGCUGCCGCAGGGCUUGGGAAGCGCCUUCAACCAAAGAACCUGGCCGGGUGCCUUCCUGACGGGACUACUGACAGCGCUACCUGGGAAAUGAUGGACAAAAUGAGCUUUAAUCACCCAGCACAAAGCUGCGUGCAUCACUGAUGAGGCGAGUAUUCUCCUCCAGAGCAUUAAACAUUCCACUUGAGCCCAGAGCUGGAAAGCAGUGAGUGGUGGAGGCAGCUGCUGGCGUGCUGCAAACAUGGACUACAGAGCUGCUCACUUCUCCUAAACAAGCGUAAACCUCUCUUGAAACGACUGCCAAAAAUCCUCAAGCUGCAGCAGCAGGUGUGAGGGACCCGGGUCAGGUUAUGUACACUGAACAUGCAGACCACGCAAACCAAAUCUUUUUUUUUUUUUUUUAAGACCUUUUGUAAAACUUUUAAUUUUGUUGUUUAACGUCUAUUGCUGCUUUAAGGCAUUACAUAAGAAUGUGGAGACUCCUAGACCUGAAUGUAGCUGAAACUGAACUGUGAGCUGAUAGAAUUACUUUUCUAGUUAGGGAGAUACUGUUUUAUGCGUUCGGCUGUAGUUUACAGAUAUCCACUACGUCCUUUCCCAAAGCAUUUCCCUUUUUUCCUGACGUUUCAAAAUCCUGCUGAGUGGGUUGAAUGGUCCCAUUGGAGCAGGGAAAUCGGGCUCCAGCGGCCGGAGGGGAAAAUGUUCUGAGUGUUCAUUUCCAAAAUGAGUGCGUGGCGUGGGCAGGGUGGGCAGCUCUGUCACCCCCCGCUGUCACCUGGCAGCAGCCAAGGACUGGCUGGGUGCCACCAGGGUGCCCGUCCCUCUGCCACCCCAUCCCAUGAGUUUUGUUCCUUGAGGCCGGGGGCCACGUGGGCUCCCCUCAGUCUCAUCCUCCGUUUCAUGUGCCGGAUUUCUCAUCCCUUCCCGUCUGAUCAAAAGGAAAAGAGAGAAAAAAGGACUUGGGGAAAGCAAACAAAGAUAAAAGGGGAACGAGAACGGUCCUGGCAUUAAGCUGACUUGAUGAGAAUCGCAGUAGACAAGUCUUCCUUGGAACGCUGCCUUUUAUGGCGUGUUCGUAAACACGUUGCAAGGAGAGGUAGAUCUCAGAAAUGCCUUUUUAAUACUUUGUAAAGGUUUCUAACUCUCCCUGGUGCUAUUUUUUUAGUUAAAGGAUUUUUGAUGUCAAAAGUUCUGUGGGUUUUUAUACGAUCUUUUAAAAUAAGAAAAAAAAAAAAGCGUAUUGUUUUGUUGAA